AAAAUGUUAUUUUAACAACAAUUUGAGAGCGUUAAAUUCGACAGAAACCAGCGUGUGAACAACAUUUAAAGCAAGCGUAGCUUAAACUGCUGCUUCCAAACUGCACUCGCUGUAGUUGUAGUUGUUGUAGUCCAAUAGUCAACAGCCAAUCCCCCACCCUCUGCACCCAAAAAAACAAAAAAAAAAGACAUUUACUUGCAAGAAACGAGAAUUGCCACACCUCCAAAAUGGAUCGCAAGGCUGAGCUGGAGCGUAAGAAGGCCAAAUUGGCUGCACUGCGCGAGGAGAAGGAUCGACGUCGUCGAGAAAAGGAGAUAAAAGAUAUGGAAGAGGCCGCUGGACGCAUUGGCACCGGCACCGGCAUCGACAAAGAUCAGCGCAAAGAUUUGGAUGAGAUGCUCUCAUCACUGGGCGUUGCGCCCGUUUCGGAAGUGUUGUCAUCGCUGUCUUCAGCCAAUUCGCUGACAUCCGAUAAUUCCAAUACACAAACGCCCGAUGUUAGUUUGCAGGCGACCGUCAAUGGACAGGGCGUUGGCAAAAAGCAGCCACUAAAUCUGAGCGUUUACAAUGUGCAAGCAACAAACAUUCCACCAAAGGAGACACUUGUCUAUACGAAACAAACACAGACCACCAGCACCGGCGGACACGAGCGUGAUGUUUCUUCUUGCCACUCAUCGCCUCUGUCAGGAUAUAUGGAGGACUGGUGGCGUCCACGUAAAGCUCAUGCUACGGAUUAUUAUGAUGAAUACAAUCUUAAUCCGGGUUUAGAGUGGGAGGAUGAAUUCACAGGAGAUGACGAAGAGAGCUCGCUGCCACAUCUCGAUCACGGCUUUAGUUCCAAACUGCCGCCCGGCUAUCUCACCCACGGACUGCCCACGGUCAAAGAUGUGGCGCCGGCCAUUACACCACUCGAGCAAAAGAAGGAGCAGGAGGAGAAGAAGGAGGUCAAGGAACUGUCGGAGGAGCAGAAACAAAUGAUCAUCUUGUCGGAGGACUUCCAAAGGUUCGUAUUGCGCGCCGGUCGCGUCAUUGAGCGCGCCCUCUCCGAGAACGUGGACAUCUACACGGACUACAUUGGCUGCGGCGACAACGAGGAGGCCAACGAUGAACGAUCCCAUGCACGUCUCUCGCUGAAUCGUGUAUUUUAUGAUGAGCGCUGGUCAAAGAAUCGCUGCAUAACGAGCAUGGACUGGUCGACACACUUUCCGGAGCUGGUCGUUGCCUCGUAUCACAACAAUGAGGAGAGUCCCAAUGAACCGGAUGGCGUUGUUAUGGUAUGGAAUACAAAGUUUAAGAAGCAAACGCCAGAGGAUGUAUUCCACUGCCAGAGCGCUGUGAUGUCCACCUGCUUUGCCAAGUUCAAUCCGAAUCUAAUAUUGGGCGGCACCUAUUCGGGUCAGAUUGUGCUCUGGGAUAAUCGUGUCCAGAAACGUACACCCAUACAGCGUACACCACUCAGUGCUGCGGCGCACACACAUCCCGUUUACUGUCUGCAAAUGGUUGGCACACAAAAUGCGCACAAUGUCAUCUCGAUUUCGUCGGAUGGUAAACUGUGCUCCUGGUCGCUGGACAUGCUUUCCCAGCCGCAGGAUACGCUCGAACUGCAACAGCGCCAGUCGAAGGCAAUUGCCAUCACAAGCAUGGCAUUCCCGGCCAAUGAGAUUAAUAGCCUGGUUAUGGGCAGCGAGGAUGGCUAUGUUUAUUCCGCAUCGCGUCAUGGCUUGCGAUCGGGCGUCAAUGAGGUAUUUGAGCGACACUUGGGUCCGAUAACCGGCAUUUCAACGCACUAUAAUCAAUCAUCGCCGGACUUUGGUCAUCUGUUCCUAACGUCAUCGAUUGAUUGGACCAUUAAGCUCUGGUCUCUCAAGGAUACCAAACCGCUAUACUCAUUUGAGGAUAACUCGGACUAUGUGAUGGAUGUCGCCUGGUCGCCCGUUCAUCCCGCCCUUUUUGCUGCUGUUGAUGGUAGCGGUCGUCUUGAUUUAUGGAAUCUCAAUCAGGACACCGAAGUACCAACAGCAUCAAUCGUUGUCGACGGUGCGCCAGCGCUCAAUCGCGUCUCCUGGACACCAUCCGGACUGCAUGUGACCAUCGGUGAUGAGUCCGGCAAACUGUAUGUCUACGAUGUGGCUGAGCAUCUGGCGCUGCCGUCGCGCGAUGAAUGGUCGCGAUUCAAUGCGACACUCAAUGAGCUCAAGAUGAACCAAAACGACGAGGUCUAAACUUAACCCCAGGGCAUUCAGGCAUGAUUCAUUUCCAGCCGAGAUACGUUUCGUCUAAACAAUAAUCGUUAUUGCUAUUCGCAUUCGCUGCCAAAAAGUUGACAAACCACGCAAAAAAGCAAACACAAAAAAUCGAACCCAAAACCAUACAAUUUUUGUAAUGUUUUCUGUUUUGUAUAACUUUUAAAUUUACCUAAGUUAGCCAAUUUUAUAAUGUCAAGUUCGAUCCAAAUUUGUCUAUGCACAGCAUAUUUUCCGCUUACAGUCGUCACUCGACAGUUGGAAAGCUUCAAAUUUAUUUGCCGCUUUAAUAUACAAACAAAAAAGUAGGUGUCGAAACGUGUAUAAUAACAGAGAAAUAACCAUUAAUUAUAUACUUGAAAAUAGCGAUUACCAUUUCCUUUUUUCUACUUCUGAUUUUUCAAUUAUUGAGCGACCACUGUAAACAUCUAGUUGGCAUAAUCCUCCCCGUUUCUGCGAUUAGCUGGUCGAUUAUUAGUAUUUAAGUGAAAUUCAUCAAAUGAAUUUCGACAUAAAUACAAAAAACAAAACAACAUAAAAAAAGCGAUUAAAUAAAGCAUGCAAUGUAAGCUAUAAACGGUUUUAGUUUAAAUACGAAA